UCUAACAAACGAAUUAAUGCUGAAAUAUAAAUAUCCGAAUUUCCAUUAAAUCUUUGCGAUUCCAUCGAAAUGACAUAAAGAGCCAUUUAGAAUGGAAAGUGUAGAUUUAUCACUAUUCCUGAUUAUAGUUACAUUGCUGGGCUUUGCAACAUUGACAGCAAUAUUGGCGAAUGUCGGUGUACUAAUAGUUGUGUAUUGGAACAAAUCAUUACAUACUCAAAUCAACAUGUUGCUGGUUGGUCUCGCCGUUGCAGAUCUUGGAGUAUUAGCGUCAUGUGUACCUUUCGCUAUCAGAACUACUUUUCUUCACAUUAAUACCAUCAGCGUUAAAUUCUGCUUGUUCAGUGGGUUUUUGAAUAUGUUCUUCUUACUAGCCAGUACAUCAAUGACGAUAUGUAUAUGUAUAUCCCAGUACAUCGCAGUCAUUUCACAGACAAAAAAACUAAUGACAAGCACCAACUGUUUCGCGAUGGUGGUGAUUGUCUGGGUGAUAUCCUUUUGCAUUGCCUUUGGUCCCAUAGUUAAAUGGGGACGUUAUGAAUUCAACGACAUCAUAUACGAGUGCAAGUUACCUCGUACAACAAACGUCUCAGAGAAGCUACACAAUACAGCAGUCAUAGUUUAUGCAUUUAUACUACCUUUCUUCACGAUGUUGUUCACGUAUACUGCAAUCAUAAGAAAAUUUCAACAACAUUGUUUCCGUGGGCAAAAUGACGCAAUAUGA